AUGUCUGCAAUUAGGAAGAUCAUCCAACGACAACUCUUCCAGAAGGACGAUGAACGGAUUCAGGCGAUUGUGAAUGUGAAUAAAUUGGACGGAAAGAAGAAGAAAAAUCAGACGCUUCUCUGCUUGGCAGUUACUAUCGAACACCCGAUCGCUGUACGGCUCUACUUUGUCAAAGGAGAAAAGGAUGAUACAUUCAAGAAAAAAGACCGGUUCAACCUUCGAGAAGUCAGAGAAAUUGAUGGGAUCAAUCCAAAAAAGCCAUCACCCGAGUUCCACAUAACUAUUGGAGACCGUCAAUAUGUGAUUCUUGCCGGAUCAGCAAACGAGAAGGAUGAUUUUAUUCGAGAGUUGUAUAAGCUCUCUUGCCAGUAUCUCCCUGUCCAGAUGCCCGACUUUUGCAACUUCUCUCUCCCACAACUCGAAGCAGAAGCCUCGAUCAUACCCAUUGAGCUCCCAGAGCACGACAUCGCCAUGGCCAGCGACUACCAACCUGUAUCGGCAAAGGAAGACGCGGAUUUCCGAAAGCUCAUUGAAAGAGCCAACUUGACAAUUGGCGAUGCUCAUGCGUUUGCCGAGAUGCUCACCGAGCAAUUGCAGUCGUUGGAUGGAGCCAAUAUCAAUUCAAUGAUGGAUAGCGAGAAUUCGGUUAACCAGUUGUUGUCCAGUAUUGACGCAGCACUGACUGGUGUGGAAUCUGUGGAGAAGGAAUUGGAUAAUUGCGAUGAUAUUCUGGCGUUUGUGAGAAACAGCAUCGAAUUGAUUGAGGAGAAGGAUAGUUUGUCCGUAGUGGAAAGGAAGAACAAGGCGCGUCUGAAUGAAGAGAUAAUCUCAUUUGUCAAUUCGUUGCAAGAAGUCACUGAUGCCCAUAUCGAAACGUUGAAACAAGCGAACUUCAGUAAUCCAGAGAGUGUGCAAAAAUGCACCGACGCCGCUCGUGCUGUAGCUCACUUCUGGCACGGGCGAUUCGCCAAGCCGAUGCUCCAGAUGAAAGCUUAUCAGGAUAGAAACGACGAACUGGCGGCAAUUGACGUAUUUGUGGAUCGGCUUAUGUCUCACCUCUCGGCAUUGUUUUCUAACUUGAACGACUUGUCCCUGGACCACGAAUGGCACGAGCUAUGCAUUCCAAAGCAAUCUCAACGUUUCCGCGCCCUCUCACCACUCUCCGACCUCAUCAACUGGCUGAAAACCAAUCGCCCCAAGGCAUGCAACCUUGUCCUUCAGAAGUAUAUCGACAGCACCAACCUCCUUUACAAGCGUCUUUUCGAUAACUUCUUCGACACACUCAUCAGCAAAGUUCCUAAAGCGAUUGGGUCGGAAAAGAAGUCAAGUGAGCUUGCAAUAAACCAGUCAGCAUUUAUCUACCACUUUCCAGAAACAUCCGACUCUGCGAACACAUCCCUCCGCUCUGACAAUCAAAGCUUCAUGAGUACAUCUAGCGAAAUCGACACUGAAGUCUUGCCCCAACUCAUUGAGACAGUGCUUGCUGAAUUGAGCGCUGUCAUUGAUGCAGAACAGAAAUUCGUUGUCCGCUUCUUCCAUAUCAAUUCCGAACUGUUGGCUCAAUUUGAUACUACUUCCACUGGCAGUGGUGAUAGUUCCAGUCUUGGAGGACGCAGUAUGGAGAAGCACAUGAACGAGCAGGUCCGACAUGUGAUGGGCAACCUCUUUGACUCCCUCAACAUCCAUUUGGACAGUUUCUGCAGAGCUGUGUGCAGGCAUAAUCCGAGCAAUGUCCUUCUAUUGUUUGUGAUCAUGUCGAAGAAAGUGUUGCUUCCUCAAGACCCAAGCUCUUACUUCUUAAUCACCUUCGGAAGUUUGGUAGUUUUGAUUAAACGUCAGUUCGAUGCUUUCAUUCAAAUGGAAUGUGGCCAAUACUCUGAAGUCCGUAUCGUGAAGAAGACAAGAAUCGGUAUCCUCCCAUCCAUCGCUCGUUUUGCCGGGUUUGUCAGACGCGCAGAGACAAUUUUCGAGAACGCUGAGAGACGUACCGAUCUUGAGAAGGCCUAUUUCAAUCUGUGCCGUGCGGUUUGUGAUGGAAUCCAGAAAGCAGCAGCCAAUCCAUACAGCAAAUCGCCGUCGUCGGUGGUGAAGUUUGAGAACUACCACGAGCUUUACUUAACUCUGUCAGAAUUGAAGAUUUCGUGUCUUGAUCAACAGAGGAAGGAUGCGAAGGCGCUGAAAGAAGAACACAUUGAUGCAUAUGUCAAGGAGUUUAUGGGAAGACCGUUGAAAGAGAUUCAGACAUUCUUCGACAACGUGAACAACUUCAUCGAGAUGAGAGGAAUUCGUCCUGAAGAAAUCUCCUAUCAGCAACAGUUCAGCAGAAUGGAACUUAAGAAAGUCAUCUCUCAGCAUCCUGGAAAAGAGGUUAAGAAAGGUCUCGAACAACUGUACAAAAAGAUUGAGAAGAAUCUGGUUGCCAACUCGUCCCUUCUUCAAGUCGUCUGGAGAGACAUGCAGGAGCAGUUCAUCAAGCAGAUUGCCGAGUACAACAAGUUGAUUCUAACCUGCUAUCCGGGAAUCAAAAUCGAGCUUGAAGUGUCGACUGAUAACGUGCUUCAGUUCUUCUCAGAAAUUGCCCAGCAACAUUAA